AUGACAAUUUUAUCUGCAAUUACCUCAAUUUCAAAACCAAACAAAAUUAGUAAAUCAGCUGUUUCAUCAUUUGGUGGUUCAACAUUAUCAAUGGGAUCAAAUUCAGUUGCAUGUGGUGGUUGUGGAGGUGGUAGUUAUGGUGGCUCAAGUGGAUCAGGUAGUUAUAGUAGUUCAGGAGGUAUUGCCAUUGGUCUUGCAGUUUCAAUUGAUCUUAAUAUAAGUGCUACUGUUGGUGCUAUUUUAGGUGGUGGUGGUUCACGUGGUUCAUGUGGUUGCCAUUAA